AUGCCAGAGUUGGAUCAAAAAAUAUUUUUAAAGAGGAAAGUGUGUGUAAUUGUACGGAUAGAUGGAACACGAGAACUCAACAGCUACUGGAGAGGUGAUGAUAAAGGAUAUUUGCUGACCAAACGUGCAGUAGUUCUCCUUAAGGAAAUAGAAAUUGGCGUCAUGUCACAUAGAAAUAUGCUCUGGACACAUCAGUCCGUUAAUCCUGAAUGGGAGCAAGGACAUGUCCAAGUUCAACCAGGAAGUUCCUAUUAUGCAGGCACUGUAAGUGAUUCAUCCAACCUGGGUGUGCAAGUUGCUGUCGGAGUUCCAGGAAAUACUGCUAAUGUUGGUAUAUGUGAUCUGCGGAAUCAUGAGCGCCCGCAUGUUCAUAAUUCAUACCCACAUGCCAGUGCUACAUCGAGAUUUGUCUUCCCAACUAAUAUGUACAACCCUAGCAUGUCAGCAGCAGCUGUCAACAUAUAUAUUCCUCAGACUCAAAGCUUUGGACUAGGCAAUGUGCUACCACCAUCUUUACAUAAUCAAGUUUCCACAGGAACUAUUGAUGAGAGUAGCAGCAGUGUCAAUUUUGGUGAUAGUGCUAUUGGAUUCAUGAAAAGGAAAAAUGCAGUAGUUGCUGGAAACCAUCAUUUUCUUCAUGGAUUUGCUGGCUCAAGUUCAUCUGUUCAUGCGCCUCAGAAUCCUGUGCGUGGACCAUGGAAUGCUUCAUCUCAAUCAAAUUGUUUACCCAGUUCUGCCGCUUCAAACCUACCAGAAUACCACAAUAGUAAUGGGUGGCCAUUCUUAGAAGAAUCUUCAGCAGAUGCUUCAAACAGUUUCAGUUCAGUGGCUGCUUGCCCGGAGUUGGUACCUCAUGGUAACUAUUUAUAUCCAGCUUCUCACAUAAGCCAGUGCAAUACAUGGGUUCCACAGGCUGCAAGUCAUGGAGUGCCACAGUGGGGAUAUAGUAAUGCCAUGGUCAAUCCUCCAGGAACCGCAGACAUGCCGAAUGGAAAUAUUCAGGAUUAUCAUGCUGGCCAUUCUUCUAUUCAUGGGCCACUACCUCAUUUCUGCCAGAAUCCUUUGCAUAGUAUGCAAGCACCUCAAAUACAAGUACCCCAUCAACAGUUCAUCGGUAACAAUGUGGUGCAUGGUUUAAAUCCUUCUGCCGCAGGCCUUCCUUUAGAUCCAAGAAUGCUGGCUCUCCCAUUCAAUGCUGAGCACACUUUUGGGCAUCCAAUGCAUCCACCUCUGAUAAACCAAGCUAACAAUGGGGCUUUAAGAAUUCUGCCAUAUCAGAACGCUACAGUGAUGGAUCAUUCAAGGAUUUAUGAAGCAGGACAUGUUAUUGAUGAACAUAGAGAUAUGCGUUUAGAUGUGGAUAACAUGACUUAUGAGGAGCUUGUAGCAUUGCAAGAGCAGAUAGGUGAUGUCAAUACUGGUUUGACAGAAAGCUAUAUCCAAGAAAACUUGAGGUCCACUUUUCAUGUUCCAGGAGCAGCUAGCAUCUCUGAUCAAUUUUCUGAGCUUUCUUUGGAGAAUGAUGCUUGCAUAAUAUGCCAGGAGGAGUAUGAAGCUAAAGAACUUAUAGGAACCCUUGAAUGCGGUCACAAGUACCAUGUGAAUUGCAUAAAGCAAUGGUUGAUGAUGAAAAACCUGUGCCCCAUCUGCAAGACAACAGCUUUGUCAUCAGAUAGAAGGAAUGGAUGA